UGUUGAUGAAUUAUUAUUGGUUCUGAAAAUCAAUUGUUGGCCAAGUUCAUACUCAAUCCCUCUCUCUGAAACCCUUUCUCUCUGAAACCCUAGAAUCGGAGAAAUCGAAAUUUGAAUCCAGGUUGUUCAGAUCGUCGUCCGACCGACCAUGGGAAACACUGAGAAGCUCUUGAAUCAGAUCAUGGAACUUAAAUUCACUGCCAAAUCUCUCCAACGCCAAGCCAGGAAAUGCGAGAAGGAGGAGAAAUCCGAGAAGCUCAAAAUCAAGAAGGCCAUGGAGAAAGGCAACGUCGACGGCGCCAGGAUCUACGCUGAGAACGCCAUCCGGAAGCGCACUGAGCAGAUGAAUUAUCUCCGCCUUUCCUCUCGCCUUGACGCCGUCGUUGCUCGCCUCGACACCCAGGCCAAGAUGACCACCAUCAACAAGUCCAUGGGAAACAUCGUCAAAUCUCUCGAGUCUACCCUCGCCACUGGCAACCUUCAGAAGAUGUCCGAGACCAUGGAUCAGUUCGAGAAGCAGUUUGUCAACAUGGAGGUCCAGGCCGAGUUCAUGGAGAGCGCCAUGGCCGGCUCUACCUCCCUCUCGACGCCGGAGGGAGAGGUCAACAGCCUGAUGCAGCAGGUCGCCGACGAUUAUGGCCUCGAGGUCUCCGUUGGUCUGCCUCAGCCGGCCGCGCACGCUGUUCCGGCCAAGGAGGCCGAGAAGGUCGACGAGGACGACCUCUCCAGGCGCCUCGCCGAGCUCAAGGCUAGAGGUUAAUCAAUCAGACAACGAUGAGGUUGUUUAUGACUUCUUAUUAUGAGAAUGUGAUGUGUAUGAUGCAUAAUACUUUUUAUAUUUUAUAUUCUGUAAAUUUGACUGAAAUAUGUCUUGGAUUAUUUUUAUUGCAGACUAUAUUGUUAUUUA